CAGCCAGUGUGUGCCUGGGUCUGCUCUUGACCCUUACCCAUCUUGGCCUGGUAUCCUGGGGCCAGACAACAACUUUUGGUGGUGAGCCAUCUGCAGCGUCAAUUCUGCCGGUCCAUCCAACCAAGAAUUUACACAACAUCUCUCGCCCGCGCGGCCCCCCAUCCUAACCUAACCAUCCUCGCCUGCAUCAGCACCCUCGUCGUCCUGCACGCACGCACGCACGCAGCGAUCCCCAGGCGCCCCCUCACCGUCAUGGAAUAGGCCACUGCAUUCAUCACAUCUGCAUCGACUUUGCCAUCACACGCGCCCUCUCCUCAUCUCAACCCUGCUUGGCGACACUCCCCAUCAGCGCGACCGCCCCGACCGACACACUCCGACCGCCCGACACGCCACGAUCCCCCAACACCCUUCCUCCCAUCGCCUGCCGUCGCCAUGUUCUCUCCAAACCAAAACAACCAGAGUGGUCCCGCCAUGGCCACCCGGAGUCGGCGGAGACAACGCCCUGCCAGCUCCGACAACAGCCUGACACAACAACCCAAGGCUAAGAGGCAACGCCGGCCUCUGACCGACUCCACCUUUUCCAACCCCGACCCCCAAAAUGCGCAGCCCCCCGAGAUGCUCGAGGUCAAGAACGACAAGGUCGCAAAACUGCCUUCCCAUCCUGAUGGCAUCGAAAAUGCCCAGGCCCUGACGACCAAGUCCAUGCGACGAGAGGUUGCUGUCAGGCCGAAAAAGCCCAAGCAGGCCGAGAGGACGAGCAGGACCGAUGGCAGCGUUGAACUGGCAAGAUCCAGCGCGUACACCGUGAGCAAGCUUAUAGCCCUGCCCGAUAGAAUCCGUGCAGACUCUACAGCACGGCAACACGGUACGAUCGACACUUCCAAUGGCUACGGCCUUUGCCUCACCCACACCCACGCCUUGGUCUGGCAAUAUUCUGGGUCCACGCCCUCGCCCGAGACCUUUACCUUCGCCCUGCCGUACCCGUCGAAACAUACCAGCGAGCCUCUACCACUUGGAUCUCUCGUUUCAGCGGGGAAUUCUACCGAAGAGCCCGGCUUGGUAGUAGUGAUGCCCAUCAGCGGAAAGGUCUCAUUUUGGGAACACAUAUCCAGCGCAGCGACCCUCGACUUUAUUCGACAGCAAAGGAACGGCGUCGAGGACACAGUACCAGGGCUGUUUGGUGGAGAACACGUCGUGGAUAUCACAAAAGCCGACACCGCUGGGUUCAUCCUCUCGCUGAGUAGUGGACGACUAGCACACCUUAGCGUACGAGACGGCCAGGGCAAGCCUUCGAUAUCGAUCCAAUUCCUACAAGCUACUUGGGGUCAGUCAUCUGGGGCCUGGCCAAGCGUCUUUGGCAGUAUUCGCAACGCAAUCAAGACAGCUGUCUCACGGAGCGACAUCGCAGCCGUCAAGGUCAACCCCUCCACCAGGCCGGGACCUAAAGUCGUUGUCGCAGCAACCAAAGCCGGCAGGCUCCACGCGUGGAGGGUCCAGCGGGCCGGACAUCACGAGAUCAUCGCUAACGUCGAUGCCCGUGGUGACAUUCUGGACGGCCUCCGAUCAGCCCUUCCCCACAUUCAGAACAACGUGGACUUCGAGGUUGUCGACUUCACGUACGUGCCAAGAGGCAUCGAGUCGAAAUACACCGAUGCCAGCCGAUUGAGUCAAGCCCUGACCAUGGACGACGACUCUGUCCAGCAUCUGCUGCUGCUUGUGUCUCUCAGCAACAAACGCCAGUCACAAUACGCUCUUGUUGAAGCUGUUCUUCGGGACGAGACUUUGAAUGUCGGCAUGAUCAGGGCUAUCUCUUCAUACACGACCCCCCUCACUCCUUCCGCUACCGCACGGACACGGCUGUGUCUACCGAGACCUGGCCUAGUUGCCUUCAUUGUGUUUGACCGAGCCGUCGUAAUCGCGUCGAUAGCAGCGCCGCCCGAGACACCGGACUCGCAAUUGCAAGGGGAAAACCACAUCCUGCCAGCCACUUACGAGGAUGUGGUUGAUCUGCGGAGUGAAGAUUUACUCGAAAUAGUUGGUUCGGGCGUGGAGGAGCCUCUGGGCCCAGGUCAGGAGCCUGAGGCCCCGCGAGCUCAUCGCGUCAAGAUCAAGAAUCCAACCGUGUUGCUCAUGAUUCGCGGGGUUGGAGUUGUCCGGGUCGCUCUCACAGACGUCGACAAGUUUGCCAGCGAAAUGCCGCCUGAGGUGACGGCGCGGAACAAGUUGGAGCAAGCCGUCAUUUUUGGACUCAAAGACAACAAUCCUUUAACCUUCGAGGGCCGGAGAGAGAUGCCUUUCACUGACGCGGAAAUCGGCGAGGCGGCUUUGGAUUUGUCAAACGAUAUCCUUGCCUCGAAUACCUCGGUCCUGACGGCGCUCCCGGCUUCGAUAGAGCUGAACCUCCGACAGCGUGGCAGCUAUCUUGACAAACUGAUGUCUCACCUGAACGCCCAAAAAGUCAAACUCGAUCGCCGAACGAAGUGGCAGUUGCUGUGCAACGCCGAGAAGUUGAACAUGGCCCGAGAGCUCUGGAAACUGCACGAGACAUUCUUGGCCGAGAGACCGAAUAACGACAGGAAGACUGUCGUUUCCGAAGUCAUCGAAUGCAUCGCCGAGGAAGACAAAAAGAACCCUGACCGCCAGGUGGGAGAGCUCGACCGGGCUCGUACAUGGUUCGUCAAUGACACCGGACGAAUGGAGAUCUUUGUGCCGUGGACAUAUCAGAUGAUUAAGCACUAUCACAAGGAGCACCUUGCUGAUGACCCAGCCUUGACGCGUUUUCUUUACGAAGGCGUGCACGUCUUCUACGAAAUUCUUCACGGAGCUCUCGAGUAUCGCCAACGCAACCUCGCCUUCUAUGGCCUUGGGGGUGAGGAUGUAAAGAACGGCAUCCUGUCCAAGCAGACCGACUACAUUGGUCUGCCCGAGUUCUGGACGUCAACUGCGUUUGUCACCAACAAUCUCUUCCGGCUAAAUUCACUCUGCCAGAUGUGGCUUAAUACGUACUACCCACCUCAAACCGCCCCUGGGUCCCCGUCUUCGAGCCUUAUCGAGUCACUACGCAACAUGAUGCCUAGCCUGGUCGAUCAGCUCGUUGUGACCGUGACCGAACUAAUCAGCUGGGCUGACUCGAACGGCGACGAAGAGGCUCAGCUAUUCGCCGAGAAAUGCAAGGCGGUCCUGGCCGAUCUGAGCGACCUCAUUCUGAAGCUCAAAGACUACGGGCUUUGGGAUGAUGCGCUUCGCCUUGCCGAGAAAUAUGUCAGUGUCAGAGCCCUUGCGGAACUGGUGGUCGGCCAGAUCAAGGAGCUUCGCGGCCAAAUCAAAGUGCGUGGUAUUGAAGCUCGAAAGGCUGCUGAGAUCAACCACAAACUGGAGGAGAAGAAGAAACUCUUCAAUGAGUACAUGGACCGUUACGGCGCGAGCUUCGCAUUUGAAGCUUAUUCGCUCUUGCUCGCAUAUGGUGGCAUUCAGAUGGUGUUAGAAUUUGCCGGCUCUGACAAGAAGGGCUUUGCGACCCAGUUCCUGCGGAACGACAAGCGCCUCGGCAAGAUUUCUUGGAUCAACGAUAUCGAGCGCGAGCAGGAUCUCGAUGAGGCGGCCAGGACACUCAUCGGCGUGGGCCAGGCAGAAGAACAAGUGUGGAACAAGAAGAUAGAGCUCAGCCUGGGUAAAUUGACACUGCUGGCAGAAGGAGCCAGUGCUCCGGCCACGGGCAGCACGGCUGUGAUUCGCAGCAAAGCCGGCAGAAAUGACAUUCAGCUGGCGCAAGUUGAAAAGGAUCUUGAGAUUGUGCGCAUCCAAGACCAGAUCUAUCAGGUCCUGGUCCCGGCAUUCCAAGAUGCUGUCGACGACGUUGCAGCCGUUGAGCUUGCCAUGCAGACCUUCUCACCCAAGAUUCCGAAGAAGUAUAAGGUGCUUUUGGACGAUCUCCAGGAGGACCUCUUCCACCUUGUCACCCACAAAGCCAUGCGGCCGCUGAGUCUCAUCAACCUGCUUACUCUGAUCCGGGUCGACGACUACGGUGUCGAGCCUGGACUCCUGUUCUUCCAGGCCCUUCGACUAGCUGAACUUGGCCUAAAGGGCAAGCAAAAGGAGGAUGCCAAGAGGCUCAUCUGGAGGCGGUGCUACGUUCGCGACGACUGGACCAAGGUCAAUUACACAGAGAACAUGAGCGACCAAGCCGUGCUCAGCAAGCUGGUUGAGACGCAACCCUACUGCACCAUGGUUGCCUGCCAUCGACACCAGCUCAAGCAAGGCGACAAGGAAACCGAGUACAUCCUCUCUCCGGACAUCUGCCAGGGCGUUUUCACGGACACCAGCGUCGAAGUCAUUAGGUGGGACGACGACGACCCGAGCCUGCUGGAAAAGCGUGCCGAGGCCAUGCGGUGGGAGGACACGCAGCUGAGGAAGUACGUCGAGAAGAACCAGCUCUCGCGCUGGGCCAAGGCGGCGUGGGAGGCGGCCAAGAGGGAGGUGGUGGAGGAGCUAGAUGUUGCGACGGCGAGCGGCGCGAACGGCGGCCGCGUGGCGCCGGCCAAGCUAAACGGGCAGGGCAACGGGCACGUGGUCCAGAGCGUCGAGGCGGACGAUGAGGAGCAAUAGGCGAUUAUCCCGCGCGUCGCCAGGGGCGCCACUGGGGGCCGGAGCGCAUCUGGAGCCCCUCGGUUUCGCGCUCCCCCGAAGGCCACGCCGCUUCCCCUUUGUUUCUCGAAUCAUCAUACAGGCAGACUCGAAGCUCGGGUAUAAGGAGGUUCGGUCUGUUCUGCCGGCGUAAAGUGGCCUGUUGUGUUUCUGUUUGUUGUCGCUCAUGAGCUUUAUUUUUUUUAAAAACUUCCCUACAUGGCCAAACAAAAAAUUCGGGGACAGGGCGGGCAAUGGUUCUGGGCAAAAUAGGUGUACUACCGGUCCGUGUCUAUAUAUCGUUCUUUUGAAUGUCUUGUUUUGCCACGCAGUUUGCGCCCCUUGUCCUGGCGGCGUUGGUAAUUGUCUGGGACACGGUGGUUGUUGGUGGUUGUUGGAGUCAAUAGCAUAGCAAGAGCAGAACAGAGCAGAGAACAGGACAGAACAGAGAUGACCUUCGUUGGAAGGUUCGAAA